AACAUGGCGAUCUCCAUACAGUGUCUUCAUAGAUCUAGUAUUUCCAAUUUGACAAAAAUAAUCAGAUUCUUAUCGAGUAAUAAUCAGUUGAGAGUACAGUCUAGAGCUUGUAGUCAAAGCUCUAUAAGACAGAAUGAUAUCAAAGAUGAUGACAUAGAUAUUUCACAAGUAGUUAUACCCAAGAAAAUUCACAGGGAACCAACAGCAAUAUUACGAGCUCUCUCUGCUACUGUAGAAAGGGAUAGUACUGGGCCAGAUUAUUGUUUCAUUGAUGAUCCGUAUCUUACUACUUUUGAACAUCAUAAUAAGAAAAAACAUGCAGAAGCUAUAGGUGCAGGUCGUAGAGCAGCACGCUUUAUUAUAGAUAAUUAUCCUAAAGGCUUUCUUAAAUAUAGAAAUUAUCCUGAACGCUAUUUACCUACAUGUGAACCGAAACAAAUUCAAUAUAAAUUCAAAAAUCCAUGUGAGGAAGCCUUAAAAGAACGAAUUAGACUUCGUAAUGUUUCUGAUGCUAUAGAAGUUUUUGAUUUUUUGAAAUCAACAAAUGAUGAAGUUAGUUUAGAUACUAAGUUAGAUUUAUUAGAUCUACUGUGUGUAUAUAAUUGCAGAAAACCUCCAAUUGAUGCCAUAAAGGAAGAAAAACUCUACUCUAAGUUUUAUGAAAAUGUUCACCUAGAGCCAUCUUGGCGGAAAAAUAAUGAGGCUGAAAAAUUAUUCAAAGAAUUACCUACAAAACCAGCCAGAGCUUACAAUACUUUAUUACAAGGCCGAGCUGAGCAUGGCGAUAAUGAGAGUGCUCAGAAACUUUAUCUUGAAAUGGUUUCUUCUAAAAUACCAGUUGACUUGGAAUCAUAUAAUAAAUUAAUCCAAUCAUAUAGUAAAAUAGCAGAUUCUAUGGAUCCUAUUGAGAAUUUAUUAACUGAAAUGGAAGCUAAUGGUGUCAAGCCAACAGUAAAAACUUUUGAAGCAGUAUUAAGUGUUUUAGCAUGGAUAGGAACUUCGGACAAGAGUUAUGCCAUAACAGUAUUUAAUGAAAUGAAAAAGUUAAACAUAGAGCCUACUUUAGGAUGUUUUAGAUUCUUAUUGGAUAUUGUAUAUAGCCCACACUCAUCUGCUUAUGUUCUAAAAAUGGAAGGCACCAAGCGCCAUAGAGAUCCUUAUUUACUACAUCAAGUUAUGGAUUAUUUAGAAGCUAAUUAUGUCUUUCAUGAAGAUAAUAUGGAGUCUUAUUUCCUUUCAAGUUCAUUUUGUAUUCAAGUCAUGAUGAUUAUAUCAAGAAACCUCCGUGAUGAUGAGCUUUGUGGUAAAUUACUCAAGUUUUAUGACAAAAAUCCAAAUUUGAUGUCAGAUCGAGGUGGUUUAUUGCAUAAUUGGUAUUUUCAAUUCCUAAUUCAACAAGGAGAUAUUCAUAAAGUUAUGAAAGAGUUUAGAAGACUGAUACCUUAUACAACAGCAAUGAAGAAAGAAUAUGUUGAUUUAUUUCCAUUGAUAGAAUUAACAGAAGAAUAUCAUUAUCUUUUAGAUAUCUGGACUGCGUUGUCCAUGGGAGAAUAUUAUCGUUUUCAAAACGAGAUUCAAAUGUUUUUCAGUCUGGUAGCCAAACAGACAUUUAAAGAUGAUUUACAGAACCAGUUUUGUAACAUGGUUGACACCCUGGUAGAGAAAAGAAACAAAACUUUACUGCUUAGCAAUGAGAAAUUCAGAAUCACGAUUUCUGCUGAUUUGAUUUGUAAAUUAAUCCUUGUGUAUUUGAAUGGAAACCAACUAAACAAAGCUUGGCAAUUAUUUAUUGAUCUAGCUACGAAUAGAAAAAGAUUUCCUGGAAUGGCUAAUGUACAAGCAUUAAGUCAGUUGGCUAGUACAUGUUUAGAAGAAGAAGUAGUUACUAAAGCUAUGGAGGUGAUUACAUUUAUGAGUGAAGAAGAAAUGCCUAUUUCACCUAAAUUAAUUGCCAGUAUUCAAGAAAAAGAUAAAAAAGAGGCCAGUAAAGACUUAUGAAAGACUGAAGAUGUAGAGACCUAGGUCUAGUUAUAUAUGUGUGAGUUGUUCCAUGUAUAUCUGAUAGAAAAACAGGUCUUGUUAUCAAUCUAUUAGUUGUCUUUAUAGUGAUGUUGCUUGUUCCAAACCAUUUUAGCAAUGAAUGUGUGAAAAAACUGUAUAAAAAGCUCUAUCAAAAUGUAGAUGUAUAUCUGAGCUCAAAUUAGACUGGAAAUGCAUUAUGUAAUGAAUGAGUAAAAAUCCUUUAAAAAAAUAGCUUCUCAUUUGGAGCUCAAAUAGAUAUUAUUCAUUCCUAAUUUUUUAGACACUGAAAACGAGGUUCAUAAUGCAAAUGACAUCAUCCAUUGAUAAGAUGGUGACAUCAUAUCAAGGAAUAGCCUAUAUGACAUCAUUAAAUUGCCGAUCAACAGCAAGAAAUUGGGACUAAAACUGCCUUUUUUCUCAGAAAUGAGGGGCGAUUUUAUGCAGUAACACAAUGUCACAUUUAUAUGUUUGCGUUAUGAGUCUGGUUCUGGAUUCAAUAUGGCUGGCAUGUGAAUAGGGCCUUUUGGACUGGAAAUGCAUUUAUAUCAACAAUGAUGAAGCUUAUGAUCAUGUUAUACUUGUCAUCACUAGAAAUUUAUAAGAUAUGACAGGUUGUUCACAUAAGUGUAAAAGAGAAGAUUCUUUUACAAGUUAAAAGGUUUAUUGUUAAAAUAUUCAACAAAAAAAUACCAUAUAAUAGAAACAAAAUAUGUUCUGUACCCAUAUAAAAAUGUACAUAUACAUAUAACAAACAUAAUACGAUCUAUUCAUUGUUACAUGUAAUUUAUAUUAUGAAUUCUUAUUAAAUGCAUUUUAGUCAUCCAAUUGUAUGUUAUAUCAUAGUUAUCAAGGUGUAAGAAAAUAUUAAAGGUAUACUACCUCUUAGAAUCUCCAAAAAAUUAAAAUUUUGAAGUUGGCCAUAAUGAGUCUUUGUUUAUCAGUCAACUUACCUGGUUCCAUAACUAUACAACAUAUAUAAUACAAUAAAUCCAUAAAACUAACUAAUAAUUCAUUAAAAUAAACUAAGAAGCCUAGAAGCCUGUUUCAAUAAUCAUUUAGUUUAAUGGUUUUAUUGUCUUAUAUAGAGAUUUUAUUCUUUAGCCAUGGCAUUCCCAAGUCCAUCUGAUGAAUAUAAUACUUUCAUUGACCAAGUUUUUAUGUCCAUUUUAAGAGGUAGUAUUCCUUUUAAGACACUCUGACUUCCAUCUCAAAGUCAAGACAUCAAGACUCUUAAUAUUAUAUACAAUACUUUACAUGAUUUUCAAAAACAUGUGCAGCACUUUUUGAAUCAUUACCUAAAUAAUUACAUUAUAACCUUACAUGAGCAUAUAAAAUUUGAUUUUUGGACCAGCAAAUUUGACAUCUUCAUAAGAGUAUCUCUUUUUUUGGUGUACAAUAUUGGUAUGCAAAUGGUUAAAAGCAUAUGUUACAAAUUUGAACCAUACUUUAC